AAGCAGAGCAAUCUUUCUUUCUUCAAAUAGGAGAUAAGUCUUCUUUAAGGAUAGAAGGAGGUAAGUCUUCUUUGUGGGCUCUUUGGAUUUCUUUGGGAGAUAAGUCUUCUUUGGGAGAUCGGAUCUUUAUUUCUUUUUCGAAUAGGAGGAACGAAUCUUUCGUUCUUCUUCGGAUAGAAGAAACAGAUCUUUCUUUCUUUCUUCAGAUAGAAGGAGGUAAGUCUUCUUUGAAAGAUAAGAGGAGCGGAUCUUUAGAUUUUAAGUGA